AUGCGGGCGAACGAUAUCGUCAAGGGUCGAUAUUCCACCUACCAGCUGCAGGACCUCAUAGGUAAGGGUGGCAACUCGGUGGUGUACAGUGCCAUCGACCGCAGCACAGGUCUUGUCGUCGCUGUGAAGAAGAUGAUGGCACGUGAUGACACAGUGAUGGCCACGUGGCGUAAGGAAGUUGCCAUCAUUAGCUCCCUUGAGCAUUCCUGCAUCAUCCGCUACAUCGACCACGCACGUUCCGGCAAGGCGUUCCUAAUCGUCACCGAGUACGCGCCCGGUGGCUCCUUGCUACAGCAGCUCAAGCGAAAUGGCCGGUACGGGGAGCGGGAUGCGGCGCGUUUCAUGUUUCAAAUUACCUCCGGCCUCGCGUAUAUUCAUGAAAAAAAAUUCCUUCACCGCGAUCUAAAAUGUGCCAACGUGCUGCUUGGGGUUGGCGAUGUUGUGAAGCUCUCGGACUUCGGCCUGGCGAUGCCGCACAGCAUUGUGCAGAGUGACACAAACUGCAGCGGCGCUGGUGGUGGUAAUAAUGAGCGCGAGGACGAGCUGGAGCCUACGGCUGCGGUAGCGGGCGAAGAGGGCAUGGUGGGCUCCGUGUACUGGAUGGCACCGGAGACGAUACGCGGUGCGCUGCAGAACGAGAGCAGCGACAUCUGGUCGCUCGGCUGUCUCUGCAUCGAGCUGCUGACCGGCAACCCGCCCUUCUUCGACCGCGCGCCGGCCAACGCCCUGUACCACAUUGCGGAGUCUGACGAGGUGCCAAUACCAUCAAUGGAUCUCUCGGAAGGAUGCAGAAGUUUUCUUGCGCAGAGUCUCGACCGUGACCCAACGAAGCGGCCGUCUGCCGCGGCGCUCCUGCGCCACGAGUGGUUCGACGGCUUCGUCGCGGAGAACAUCCUUGAGACGCUGGCCAACACGCAGGCGGCUGACAUCAGCGCGGAGCAGGCGGCGAGUAACUCGGCGGCGAUCGGGCGCUGGGUGGAAAGUAACCUCUUCCCCGAGAAGGCGGAGCAGCGCGAGCAGUGGCUCCGCGGCGGCUGUCUAAAGAAGGUGGUCGCCGUGCUCCCCAAAGUGACUGCAGAGACAUCAUUCCACAUCAUUCGCACCUUCGCCUUCGCGGCGCAGCGGUGCCGCACGGAGCCGAGCUGUUUCCUUACUCAACUCGGCGAGACGGAGCUCUGGGCCAACGCGCAGCUCAGUGUGCUUGGCAAGGCGGAGUCCCUCGGCUCGCUCUUCGUCUGCUGCUGCGAGAGACAGGACCCGCGAGUGCCGCAGUACGCCCCAACACACCCUGGCGCUCUGCGGUUCCUGUUGCAGUGCCCAGAAGGCGACGUUGCCGUGAUGUGCAUCAUUGCACUGCGCAACCUGCUUGUCGGUGGGGAGGAGGACGAGGCGGGGAGUGAAAAAGUAGUCCCUCAGGAGAUACUCACUUUGGAUGCCGGUAAAAUUACCUUUCGCCGCUUUUUCUCGCAGAAUCGAUUUGUUAGUGACCACGCCGUGUAUGCGGUGCAGCGCAUCAUUGAAGAUGUUUGCUGUGCUGCCUUCCAUGAAGACAAGGAACCGGCGAUUGGCUGGUCCAAUGUAGACAAGCUGUUUGAGGUGCUCGUGCAGGUAUUAAAGAAGACUGGAGACGAGUCGAUCAUUGUCGGCCCCUCCAUGGCCACUGCGCAAAACGCUGACGGUUCGGAGGCUCAAAACGGUGCAGUUGGUGUUGCGCCCAACACAGGGGAUGGUGGUGGUAGUAGUAGUAGUGGUGGUGGUGGUGUUGCUGCUGGGUCCGUUGCCGCUGGUGCCAGUGGAAGUGGAAGUGGUGGUGGUGGUGGUGCAUCCACCAUUACGGAAAGCGCUUCGCGUGGCAACGGCGAAAAUAGCAGCCGAUCAAGCCUUGCCCGAGUUGGCGGCGGCGGCGGUAAUGGGGCUGGUGGUGGUAGUGGCGGUGGGGCUGGUGCCGCCACCAGCACCAGUGGGGAGAAACAGGCUGAGAAGAAGUGGUUACUGGCACUGCAAGAGGCGAGCCGCCACCUUUGCCCCAAUGCGAUCCUGCUGCUCCUCCAGUACGUCCACCACGCGACGCGGAAUGAGCUUAAGUGCAUCAACGUCUGUGGAAAGAGCAUCGCCGGGACAUUUCUUGUCGUUGCGGCGAAUGCGUCUAUUGAUGUCGCUACGCGCAUUGCGCUGCUGAAGUGCCUCCCAUUGCUGCAGUGCGCGUCACAGAAGGCAGCGGCCUUCAUCCGUGACACACGCUGCAGCGUGCCGCUGCUAGCGCAUACCGCGAAGAACAUCCCUGCCCCGGAGGAGUCACGCGAGGACGAGGUGCUGAAGGUCCUUUUUAGCCUCUGCGAGGACGAACGCAUGGCUGCCGCGUACGCCACGUCGGAGACAUUCCUCGGUAUCGCUGUUGACCGUGCUGGCCUCGCAAUAGAGCGGCACCGCUGGACGGAGGUGAUGCUGGCGAUCCGCUUCAUCGAGAUCCUCCUCGCCCACUCCGUCGACCCAUCGCAGGUGGUGGGGUCGCGCGGCCUGCUGGGCUUUCUGCUGCGGCUCUCCGACAGUGAGGCGUUCCCCGGUGGUGUCGCCACCGCGGCGCAGCGGUUGCUCAACAGCCUUCAGGCGCAGACGAAUGUGCUGUAG